CUAGCCCCACUACUACGCAUUGCAGACGUAGACCACUACCUCUGCACAUCACAUCUAAAGGCCCUAUCAUCACAGCCAUAAGCACCCAGCUGCUCCCAUCUUACGCAUCCCAUACCAUCACAAUGCCAUCGAAACACGCACCGUCGUUCCCUGCGACGCCCUCGUUGGUCUCAUUGAACACCACUGCGAGCACGUCCUCGAUCGCGCCGCUCAAGCCCAUACCAUCAUCAUCAUCACAACCCGCACAGAAGGACUACUCCAAGUCCUUCGGACUGUUGCAGUCGCAAUACGGUUGGGGUCCGGCCACAUACGCCCCCACCCCCAUUCUGUCGAAUAACAAGGAGCCGAAGAAGAAGCGGACUGGUCGCGACACGCGGUCGACGGGCGUCCCGGAGGAGAAGAUGGGCGAGCGGCAGUCGGGAGGGAAGGACUACGAGAGCGUCUUCGGGUCGCUGUCAUCGCGUUAUGGCUUCGGAGGGAGCUGGCCAAUGCCGACAAAGAAGUCGAAAGACUUCAGGAGUUAAAGGGUCUCAGUGGUUACAUGAAAUCGGGCUUCUUUUCAGACUUGGAAUUCGCAUAUUGUAAAGCCUUCGCGUACUGUAUCGGUAUACGUAGAUCCGUCGUUCUAAUCCCUCGCAAGACACUACUCAGAGCUGUCCGGUGCGAUGUGGCAUCUGAGAAUAUACAUGAAGGAAUGCGCAGCUGAUGUGCAUUGCAGAAAAU